GCAAAUACCACCAUUAUUAAAGUUUCACCAAGAACCACUGAGAAGGAUUGUUAUGUAAUGAUGCCUCCCGUUACCAGGAGUUUUAGAGAACGCAAAAGCUUCGCCAGCAGGAAGCGAGAAGUAGAUGACAUCCGUAUGAAACACCCCAACAAGACUCCAGUCAUCGUGGAGCGCUACAAACACGAGAAGAACCUGCCAAUCCUGGACAAGACCAAGUUCCUGGUACCAGAGGAGCUCACUAUGGGACAACUUAUCUCCAUCAUCAGGCGCCGGCUAACUCUGCGACCGGACCAAGCGUUCUUCCUGCUAGUAAACCAGAAAACCGUAGCAACCUUGACGCUGACAAUGAGUGAGGUUUAUCAAAACGAGAAAGAUGAGGACGGUUUUGUGUACAUGACCUAUGCUUCACAAGAGAUGUUCGGUUAAAAAGAGUGAAGGUGUCGUUUCUUCGUGAUGUUAUCUUUCGGAUUGUGGUGCUUCCUGUUGCUCUUCAAGCUUGGACAUGUGAUGUAGUAGAAUGUAUUAUAUUAUUUUGGGGUUGAAUGACAUAGACAUUUCAGUGAUUUUUCAAUUGGAGUGUCCAGGCUUGAGAGCUUAGAAUUUAAAGAAACUUUGUAGAAGUUUUUCUCUUCUAUACUGUGUUAAAUGAAAAACGAUUAAAAAAACAAUACUUACAUUUUAAUUCUACGUGUACUAUUCACAUGACUUUAUCGUAUAAAAUAUGCCAGAAAAAUUAUAAAACGUAAAAUAUCAUUAUAAUUUCUUCGUGAUUUAAAAACU